AUGAAACCUCCAGAAAGCCAUAGUAACAAUAACCCUAAGACACCAAAAUUAAGUCAAGAAGAGUUUGGACUUCCACCAAACAUAUUUCAAAAUUCAAAUGCACCAGCUAUUGAUUUGACAGAUACUGUCAACACUGAUCCUGUAAAAAACUCACAACAGGAGACUGAGCCAACAACAGUGAAGACUCCGUUGACUUUGAAUAUACCUACUUUCGACACAAUUAAUGCAUUACCUACUCCUAUGACAUAUACACCACUAUCACCAAAUCUGUUAUCUUCAAUGUCUCCAACUAUUCAAAUGCAACAACAACCAUUUCAACAGUUAAAUAUAAAGAAGAGACGCAAUAACAAUAAUCUGAAUAAUAUAAAUGGAAUAAAUACUUUUAAGUCACACUUUAACGAAAUACGGAAUUCAAAGGAAUUAGAUCAAGUCAAGAAUAUUGCAGCUUCUAAUCGUGUUGUAUCAGAAUUAAUUCCGCCCCCAACACUAUCACCCCAACGUAUAGUUUCUCUUCCUACGGUUAAUGAAGAAGAGAUCACAUUCGAUAAUGAAGAGAGAACAAAGUUAGAAAACGAACAAAAUGAGUUUUCUAAUGAAGAAAUUAUUUUAAACGGUUAUUUACUCAAGGAUAUGUCUCAUGUAAGACAAUGGAAAAAAAUUAAGCAUAUUGGAACAGGUAAUUUCAGUUUUGUGACAUUAUAUGAGUCCUUAGACGAAUUUGAUAAAUAUUAUCAUCAAGUGGCGGUAAAGAAAAUAAAGUACCCAAAUAACAUUUUAAACACAACUGAUGACACAUUAUCUAGAUUAGAGAGUUCACUAACAAGGGAAUUAAGUGUUCUUAAAACAUUAGAUCACCCUUGCGUAGUAAAACUCUACGGUAUUAACAACCCUAUUUUCAUUGAACAGAAGAGACCACUGACAACUUUACUUCAGGAGGGACACGCAAGUAUUCCAUCCUGUGAAUUUAUCAUGUCUUAUUGUAAUGGUGGUGAUCUCCUGAAGGAAUUGACAGAAUGUCAAGGUAACGUUCCAAGAUGGUUAAUUCAAAGAUUGUAUGGUGAAUUGGUACUGGCAGUCAAGUAUUUACAUGAAAAUCUAAUUAUUCACAGAGAUUUAAAGUUAGAAAAUAUAUUAUUAAGGUAUACUCUCGAUGAAAUAAUCGGUAUGAGAAAUACUGCAAGUUAUUAUGAACAGAAUAUGAUCGAAUUAGGUGAUUUUGGAUUGUGUAAGAAAAUUGAAAAUGGAGAACUUUGUACCGCACGUUGUGGUUCGGAAGAUUAUGUGUCACCCGAAAUAUUGAUGGGUAUACCGUAUAAUGGUAAUUUAACAGAUACAUGGGCAUUAGGUGUUAUAUUAUAUGCUCUUCUGGAAGAUCGAUUACCCUUUGAUGCACCACCCAAUGCUAAUCAACGACAACGAAAUAGACCCGUUGCUCAUAGAAUAGCCAGGUUUGAAUGGCGAUGGAGCAAAACGUUGGAUGAAGUUGGUCUUGAUUCGGCCAAAGAUAUUGUUAAGAAUACAUUAACAAGGAAGAAUCAGCGGUGGAACAUUCAACAGAUGUAUGAUUCCGACUAUAUAAAGGAGGUUGUCGGGACUUUGAAAUUUUGA